GUAUUCACGUCAUUACUACGUCAACUUCAAGACCGGCAAAACGAAUAAUACACACUGUUCUUGCGAAUUUCGAUAGUCUUUCUCAUCUAUAAUCGUCUUAUUAUUUGAGGUUAAUUCUUCAAUACUGCAGUUUCAAAAACAGAAAAUGAGAUUCAGAGGGCAGUUUUUGUUGCUCACAUUAGCUCUUGUAGCACUAGCUGUGGCCAAGGAAGAGAAAGAGAAGAACAAGGAUGUUGGAACUGUAAUUGGAAUUGAUUUGGGAACUACCUAUUCUUGUGUGGGAGUAUUCAAAAAUGGCCGUGUUGAAAUCAUCCCCAAUGACCAAGGCAACCGUAUUACCCCCUCUUAUGUUGCUUUCACUGCUGACAAUGAACGUCUAAUUGGUGAUGCUGCCAAGAAUCAGCUUACCACCAACCCUGAGAACACUGUUUUUGAUGCCAAGCGUCUCAUUGGUCGUGACUGGACUGACCACACUGUUCAGCAUGAUAUCAAGCUGCUCCCUUUCAAGGUGAUUGAGAAGAAUGCCAAGCCAUACAUCCAAGUUGAGACCUCUCAGGGAACCAAAGUUUUUGCCCCUGAAGAAAUCUCAGCCAUGGUUUUGGGCAAGAUGAAGGAAGUUGCUGAAGCCUACCUUGGAAAGAAAGUCACUCACGCUGUCGUUACCGUCCCCGCCUACUUCAAUGAUGCUCAGCGUCAGGCCACCAAGGAUGCUGGAGUCAUUGCCGGGCUCAACGUGAUGCGCAUCAUCAACGAACCAACUGCUGCCGCCAUUGCAUACGGUCUUGACAAGAAGGACGGAGAAAAGAACAUCUUGGUUUUCGAUUUGGGCGGCGGUACCUUCGAUGUAUCCUUAUUGACCAUCGACAAUGGUGUCUUCGAAGUCAUUGCAACAAAUGGUGAUACCCAUUUGGGAGGCGAAGAUUUUGAUCAAAGAGUUAUGGAGCAUUUCAUCAAAUUGUACAAAAAGAAGAAGGGCAAAGACAUCCGCAAAGACAACCGCGCUGUCCAGAAGCUUCGUCGUGAGGUUGAAAAGGCUAAGCGUGCUCUUUCCUCGGCUCACCAAGUCAGAAUUGAAAUCGAAAGCUUCUUCGAGGGUGAUGAUUUCUCUGAGACUCUUACCCGUGCCAAGUUCGAGGAAUUGAACAUGGAUCUCUUCCGCUCUACCAUGAAACCCGUCCAGAAAGUUUUGGAAGAUGCUGACAUGAAGAAGACCGACAUUGAUGAGAUUGUCUUGGUCGGUGGAUCCACUCGUAUCCCCAAGGUUCAACAGCUUGUCAAAGAGUUCUUCAAUGGCAAGGAACCCAGCCGAGGCAUCAACCCUGAUGAGGCCGUCGCUUAUGGCGCUGCCGUCCAAGCCGGAGUCUUGAGCGGCGAACAAGAUACUGGCGAGAUCGUUCUUCUCGAUGUCAACCCUUUGACUCUUGGCAUUGAAACUGUCGGUGGAGUCAUGACCAAGCUGAUCUCUCGUAACACUGUCAUUCCCACCAAGAAAUCUCAGAUCUUCUCUACAGCUGCCGACAACCAGCACACCGUCACAAUCCAGGUCUUCGAAGGCGAGCGCCCCAUGACUAAGGACAACCAUCUUCUUGGCAAAUUCGACUUGAACAACAUCCCCCCUGCUCCUCGUGGAGUUCCUCAGAUCGAAGUUACCUUCGAAAUUGACGCCAACGGUAUUUUGCAAGUGUCUGCUGAAGACAAGGGUACUGGAAACAAGGAGAAGAUCACUAUUACCAACGAUCAGAACCGUCUGACUCCCGAAGAUAUCGAACGCAUGAUCCACGAUGCAGAGAAGUUCGCCGAUGAAGACAAGAAGCUUAAGGAGCGCGUUGAAGCCCGUAACGAACUCGAGUCCUACGUCUAUUCCCUGAAAAAUCAGCUCGGCGACAAGGAGAAGCUUGGUGGCAAAUUGUCUGAUGCCGAGAAGGAGAAAAUCGAAAGCACCAUUGAUGAGAAGAUCAAGUGGUUGGAGAACAAUGCCGAGGCUGAGGCUGAAGACUUCAAGAGACAAAAGAAAGAUGCGGAAGAUAUUGUCCAACCCAUCAUUGCUAAACUUUAUCAAGGUGCUGGUGGCUCACAAUCUUCCAAAGACGAGGAAGCAGAUGACUCCACUAAGGAUGAGUUAUAAACUAAUUCACAAAAUUAAAUAAUUGCUACAAAACACUCUACUGAAAGCUCGAAUCGUUUUUCCAAUGCGUGCGAAGUUACGACGCGUCCUGCUUCGCAAUUCUCGAGUCUGUUUAUAGGAUAAAACAAUUAACUUAUCCCUUUUUUUAUUUUGUUAUUUUCAUUUUGCGUGAAUGAGAUGAAACAAAUUUCCGUCUGUUCUUGUGAGGUUUAUUUGGAGGGGUAAUACAUGAGUGAAUGUUCUUU